AUGCUCCUCGCCCGCCAUCUGUGGCGUAGCAGACACGGAAAUGCAUUCCAGAACGCGAGGACCGGGGCCUCUGCCUCUGCGUCAGUGCCAGUGAAAAAGAAAGCGACACCCAGCCGCCUCGUUUCGACACGAUGGUUCUCUCCCUCGCGCGUCGCACGAUCCGUCGACGCGAACGACUCCCCCAGUAGAACGUCCCUGCAUCUCCAUCAUCCGUCCGCUGCUCCUGCGCCUACGGCAUCAACCAGCACCGCGGCGACGGCGGAUGCGGCGGCAGCAGAAGUGGACGAAGAGUCUCGUUCUCGAACACCAUCCUCAGAUAGAUCACCGACACUGAGAACCCAACUCGACACUGCCGCGCGCCCGUCCGCCCAUUCGUCACUGCACUCUUUCCAAGCCUACGCACGCCGGACGGGCCUCUCCCCCACGAGCACGGUCUACGCGGGCACGACCUACGAGUACGUCACCCAGGCCACAUUGCGGGACUAUGGCUUUGAACUAUACCGCGUAGGUGGACGGGGCGAUCGCGGCAUCGAUCUUAUUGGCGUGUGGCGCGUGCCGGGGUCGUCGUCGUUGUCAUCUCAGGAGUGGAACGGAAGGGGGGAGAAGAAGAAGACGAAGAACGAUACAUCACCCCAGGUUGGGGCAGAAUCUUCGGCAACCGAGCCUGAGCUUGAACCCGAGCUCGUGCCCCAACGAUAUGAGACGCCUGCAUUUGCCUUGAAAGUGCUCGUACAAUGUAAGCGGCUGGUGGGCAAGCACGCGAAGAUUGGACCCCAUUUGAUCAGAGAGCUUGACGGCACGGUACGAGCAGCGCGGAUUACACCUCUCUUCGAGGCGAUGUUGUCCCAGGACAUUUGGAAUACCAGUAGAUCAAAAACGUACGAGCACGAGCGAGAAGAAGCAGAUGAAGGCCCUGCCGUGGACGUUGACGCUGACGUGGACGUUGACACACACAUUGUCACCGACAAUCAACACAGGCACCACUCUCCCAUGGCUGGAAAUCUUGGAGCCGCUGGACCAGCCAUCGGCGUCCUGGUCAGCACCAAACCCGCGACCAAAGGCGUGGUGGAUAGCAUGCGCCGCUCAACCCGCGGGCUAGUCUGGGUUAUGAUGGAAGAGGAGGUCCCCACAAGUCCCGAAAUUGAGCUCGACGACUCCUCUUCAUCUGAGGGUCGAGGCGAAGUGCGACCACCCCCAGAGCAGCAGGAGGACUCCUCAUCAUCAGAGGCUCCCUCUCCCACCACGGUUCUCUCCGGCCGGGUCAAACAGAUCCUCUGGAACCAAGCGGCCCGCGACCUUGGUCUCGAGGGCGUGGACGUGGUGAAACGCUACGACGGCGAGGGUCGUGAAGAGGUGGUUCUGAUGCGUGGAGGACGGGUUUGGGGUCCGGGUUGA